AUGUCUUCUUAUCCUUCGUUUGAGGCACAGGAGGAAGUAGAUCUCGGUGAGCUUGGCUCACUAAGGAGUAUUACUGCUAUUGCCGUGCUGCUUCUUCUGUCCGUGGUUGAGUUGAGGUCUGUCCCUUUCACAGUUGAGGGCUUGAAGGGUGUUUAUGAUAAUCUCGCUGUCGAGGGACUCUCUAGGGUGUUCGCUAAAGAUUGA